GGGAACAGUCACCUGGGAAUCAUUCCAGCAGGUGACUUCCAAAGUCCAACCUGUUAGGUUGAAAUCUGACACUGACAGAGACUCCCUAGGAGCUGCCACGGAAAGCUAAACCAGGAACCAGGAAAUGCACAAGCCUCUUUAUGUUGGAAAACAGCUGUGCUCCCCGGGGGACCAUACGCCAUGGGAAACCAGCUCUGCUGCAGGGGAAGCUGGAGCUGCCCAUCAACUUUCCAGAAGAAAAAGAAAAAAGGGAGCCAAGCAAGACGCACAUUGAAGAAGCAGCAACAACAGCUGCAGCAGAAUUUCACAAAGGACCAUGAAAUAAGAGGACACAUGUAUGAGCAGGUGUUACAGCAGCCUAAAUCUCAAAAGAGGAAUCAAGACCUCAAGUUGGAGGAGAGCAACUUACAUUAUGCAGACAUUCAAGUGAACAGUCUUACCCAACCACGCUCUGCCAGUGAAGUGAAACACUGGUAUUUAGAAAAUGCUACAGAGUAUGCUACCCUUUGCUUCCCCCAGGCCACACCUCGAUAUGACAGCAAGAAUGGGACUCUGGUGUGAGCCUCCGGAGCAAGAACAGUUUCCAUCUUUUUACCACUACUCCUGUGGGGAGAAUCCACUGCUUUGGGGAAUGAGUGGCCCAGGGAUGUUGGCCACAUUUUAAUCUUAAAGAGCUCCAGAGCCCUUUGGAAUUAUGGAUGUCUCCAGCCUCUCUCCUAGGCUUCUUAUUUGCCAUUGUUAGCUUGGAGUUGUGAUUAGGUUAGUUAUGGGUGAAAGAGUUCCACAAAAAAAAAAAAAAAAAAAGGUUAAGUGAACUGUGCAGGAAGGCCCUUGACUCCUAACAUUGCUCAGGCUCUCAAGUGCGGAAAAAAACCGGCUCACGAUGAGCUGAUUGCGUUAAGUUUUAUUUAAUGGUAUCACUUUUACACACCUUAAACUCCAAAGUUGAAGAGGGGGUGCUCUGGAAAACCAUUCUGAGCUUUUGCAUACAGCCUCCAGGGCUGGCUUGGGCAGUUCCCUCAGUGGCGGCGGGAUCAAGGGUCCCACACCUAGGGAGAUAAAUGGGGGCGUGCGCUGAGGCACGGAAGAAGCUUUCUCCAACCACUGGCCACGGGAACUUCAAGUCACCAAACAGCGUGGAGAAACCCGGAAACUCUUCUUGGCUGAACUGGUAGCUAUUGCUCCGUGGAGCCGCAAAAUCAAUAAACAGCGUGAGGAACAA